AUGUCUUUUGUGAUUGUACUAAUAAUAUUAUCAACGAAUUUAUUACUUCAACCUUCCACAAUUGUUGUAUCGUUGGAGUUUACAAGAGAUGACUUCCCUUCCGAUUUCAUCUUCGGCUCUGGCACAUCUGCUUACCAGGUUGAGGGGGCAGCUUCCGAGGAUGGAAGGACUUCGAGCGUAUUUGAUACAUUGUCACUUGGCAGUAGAAGCGGUGGAUUUACUGGGGAAGUGGCUUGUGAUGAAUACCACAAAUACAAGGAAGAUGUUCAAUUGAUGGUCGACUUAGGAUUAGAUGCAUACAGAUUCUCCAUCUCAUGGUCAAGAGUGAUCCCAAAUGGAAGAGGGCCUAUCAAUCAAAAAGGGGUAGAAUAUUACAAUAAUCUAAUCAACGAAUUAAUCAGUAACGGAAUUCAACCACAUGCAACUUUGGUACAUUGGGAUCACCCACAAGCACUUCAGGAUGCUUAUGGAGGGUGGACUAAUCAACAAAUUGUGAGAGACUUCACAACAUUUGCAGAUGUAUGUUUUAAAGAAUUUGGUGAUAGAGUUUUAUAUUGGACAACAGUCAAUGAGCCAAAUUUCAUUGCACCAAUUUUUUACAAGUCAUCACCAUAUAUUGCUGCCCACCACCUUUUGUUAGGGCAUGCAUCAGUUGUAAAUCUAUACAGAGAAAAGUAUCAGGCAACGCAAAAUGGAACUAUUGGGUUAAAUGUGUAUACAAGCUGGUUUAUCCCUGAAAAAUCUACUCAAGAAGAUCUGGACGCAACUGAAAGAGUUGCUAAUUUUCGUAUUGGUUGGUUUGUUCAUCCUUUAAUUUUUGGAGAUUAUCCUGAUAUAAUGAAGCAAUCUUUGGGAAGGCGUCUUCCAUCAUUUACUGAGUAUGAAACCAAGCUAGUGAACAGCUCAUUUGACUUCAUUGGAGUAAAUUGCUAUACUGCCUCAGUAGUCACAGAUGAUCCCGGUAAAGAUGGCAUGGCAGCUAACUACAUUGAUAAAGAUGUUGGAGGAGUGUUUGUGCAAGGCGUAUUGGAAUAUUUCAAAAGAGUUUAUGGAAACCCUCCAAUCUAUAUACACGAAAAUGGUUUUCGGACAUUUCGUAAUGCAUCAUUAGAUGACACAUCAAGAAUUCAUUAUUUAAAUGCUUCUAUGGGAAGCUUGCUUGCUGCUGCAAGGAAUGGAUCAAAUGUAAGAGGAUAUUUUCAGUGGUCGUUCUUGGAUUUGUUCGAGAUAGAUGGAGGCUACACAUAUGGUUUUGGCUUUUACUAUGUCGACUUCAAUAAUCAUGAUUUGGAAAGAAGCCCUAAACGCUCAGCACAUUGGUACUCUACAUUCCUCAAAGGACAAAGAUCUAGGCACAAUGGAAUCAUUCACCAAAUGGACAACUCAACUUUUAUGUCUUAGUCAUCUAAGAGCUUUUGAACUUACAAACUAUAAUAGCAAUAUGUUUCUGUUAAGAAGAAAAAAAGCACAUCUUUGUUUAAGUGUUCAUUUUCUUUUAGUAAUCAUACACACCGUCUUAUUGGUUGCAAUGCUUCCUAUACAAGAAUUAUUGUAAUUGUUUGAUGUUUGUAUUUUUAUUUUAUCUUCUAAUAAAAAUUGAUGGUUGUUGUUGUUGUAUAUAUGACGUUGAAGAUGUUGAUCCUAGUUCUAGUUAUUUGGCAAUACAUAUAACAAAGAUUGAAUUAUCUUUUCAACAAAAAAAAAAAGGAAAUAUGAACUUUCAAAAAAAAAUUGAUGCAAAAAAAAAAUUGAUGCAAAAAAAAAAAAACUAUAAUAUGGAAAUUACCAAUAAUGAAUUUUGAUAAAGGGGCCCUAAUACCAAGCGAGAACCUCUCAUAAUCUCAUAAGUCAACACAACCUAAGCUAGAGGGUUGACACUUCGGCAAUGGGAGGGGAGCGGGAAGGAAGGGUAAGAGGAUUCCCUCCACAAAAGUUCCCUUAAUAGGGAUUGAAUCGUCAACUAUCUUAACUUGAGGUGGAAAGGUGUAAUCUUUUCUACUAGACAAACAUUAAUUUGGUAUAAAUAUUACCAAUAUAUAAAGGUAUACAAUAUAUAUUUUUCAAUAAUCCCCUCAAUCGAAGAUUAGAUCACAAUUGUGCAAGUUGUCAAGGUAGAGAACUUCAGGUUAACACAAAAGCUAAAAAAAAAAAGAGAAACAAGAAAAUAAGCUAAGGAACUAGGCUUGGCAAGGACACACCCCCAUCAUCCUCAUUUGGGAUCCUAAUUAAUUCUAAAGGAGAACAAUCAAGAAUAUAAUUUUUAGAAGAUUGAACCAUGUCUUGGUUCACAAUCCAAUAUAAUCCG